AGACUUUUCUGGCUUUUUGGUCUCUUUAUUUGUUUUUGUAAUUAUGAUUGCUAUUGUUGCUAUUAUUAUUAUUGCUUCUAUUAUUGCUAUUGCUAUUAAUACUGCUAUAGUUGCUAUUAUUGCUAUAGA